GAGGUGGGAGGGGACGCUCCGGCGGCGGUGGCGGCGAAGGCGCGGGACGCGGUCAGGGUUCCCGCGGCUUCCUCUCAGGGCGUUCUGGACCGUGCAGCCCUUGCGAGGCAAGAGCGAGCCUGGGGCCAGCAACGAGCGCAGAGCGGGCUGCGGGCGGGGAGCAGCGGGGCGGCCGGGCGGAGCGGGCUCCCAGCCCCGGGCUCCACGGCUCGGGACACGGCUCCGGCAGCGGGGGGCGGCGAUGUUCCACUGCAUUCCCCUGUGGCGGUGCAACCGUCAUGUGGAGGCCAUCGACAAGCGCCACUGCUCGCUGGUCUACGUCCCCGAGGAGAUCUACCGCUAUGCCCGCAGCCUGGAGGAGCUGCUCCUGGACGCCAACCAGCUACGGGAGCUCCCCGAGCAAUUUUUUCAGCUAGUCAAACUGCGGAAGCUUGGGCUCAGCGACAAUGAAAUCCAGCGCCUCCCUCCCGAGAUUGCAAACUUCAUGCAGCUGGUGGAACUGGACGUGUCAAGGAACGAUAUUCCUGAGAUCCCAGAGAGCAUCUCUUUCUGCAAAGCGCUGCAGGUAGCUGACUUCAGCGGGAACCCGCUCACCAGGCUGCCCGAGAGCUUCCCCGAACUACAGAACCUGACAUGCCUUUCUGUCAAUGACAUCUCACUGCAGUCUCUGCCAGAGAACAUCGGGAAUCUUUACAACCUGGCUUCGCUGGAACUGAGAGAGAAUCUUCUUACGUGUCUUCCUGACUCUCUUACCCAACUAAGAAGACUAGAAGAACUUGAUUUAGGAAACAAUGAAAUCUUUAAUCUGCCAGAAUCAAUUGGGGCGCUCGUACAUCUGAAGGACCUCUGGUUAGAUGGAAACCAGCUGUCUGAGUUACCUCAGGAAAUAGGGAAUCUGAAGAGCCUCCUCUGCUUAGACGUCUCUGAAAACCAGUUGGAAAGGCUUCCAGAAGAAAUCAGUGGCCUGACUUCUUUGACAGACUUAGUCAUUUCCCAGAACUUACUGGAAACAAUUCCUGAUGGCAUUGGGAGGCUGAAGAAGCUGUCAAUCUUGAAGCUGGAUCAGAACAGGCUCACACAGUUGCCGGAAGCCAUUGGGGAGUGUGAAAAUCUCACGGAGUUAGUUCUUACAGAAAACCGUCUCCUGACUUUACCUAAGAGCAUUGGAAAACUUAAGAAGUUGAGCAACUUGAAUGCAGACAGAAAUAAAUUAGUGUCUUUACCAAAAGAGAUCGGCGGGUGCUGCAGCCUCACCGUGUUCUGCAUACGGGACAACAGACUAACUCGCAUACCUUCAGAGAUGUCACAGGCCAUGGAACUUCAUGUCCUAGACGUGGCGGGGAACAGGUUGCGUCAUCUGCCCCUGUCGCUGACCACCCUGAAAUUAAAAGCCCUGUGGUUAUCUGACAACCAGUCCCAGCCUCUCCUCACCUUCCAGACGGACACAGAUCGCACCACAGGGGAGAAGAUUUUAACCUGUGUCUUACUUCCUCAGCUGCCUUCUGAACCCAUCUGCCAAGAGAGUCUGCCUCGCUGCGGUGCCCUGGAGAGCCUGGUAAAUGACGUCUCUGACGAAGCCUGGAAUGACCGCGCAGUACACAGAGUCAGUGCAAUCCGGUUUUUGGAAGAUGAGAAGGAUGAAGAUGAGGGCGAAACGAGAACACUUCAGAGGCGAGCCACUCCGCACCCAGGGGAAUUAAGGAACAUGAAAAAGACAGUGGAGAAUUUGCGGAAUGACAUGAAUGCUGCAAAAGGACUGGAUUCAAACAAAAACGAGGUCAGCCAUGCCCCUGACCGAGUGACCACAUCGGUGUAGCAGUCACCUCUUGAGUUUUACCUGCCUGCCGUGUCCUCCCUGCUGUGGAGCUGUUCCUGGGUGCACGUCUGCAGAGCCUCCUGCCGUCCUUGUGUUCACCGCCCCCUGUGCCAGGAAGCUGCUCUCGCACCAAGUGCCUUAUGCAUCCCUCAGCCAGCCAUCGUACCAGUAGCCUCCCAUCCUGAUGUGUCUCAAUUGCAGUUGUGCGUAAUAAGCAGAAUACACUACUGUCGGCAUCUGACCUUUGUUUUUGUCUUAUGUUGGGGUUAGAGAGAGCAGGAAGGGGGAUUGUGGCACUCUCUCCUCCGUUGAGUGCUGGACAUUUUGGACCCAAGUUCUUACGGACCUACUGAUGAGAGAAAGCUUUAUGUAUGGAAAACAAAAAAAGAUACUUUUUUAACCUUUCUUGGCAGCUCAGAUGGUGUAAAUUUUAAAUUUUGUAUAGGUAUUUCAUAAAAAAAAAUUAUGUAUUUCUUUGUUACUUUAUCUUGAAUACGGUACAUAUUUUCGUAUUUGUGCAGAAAAGCAAAUUAGGCCUAAAGUAUUCGUUCUUGCCUGUACCAUCCACUCCGUGCCUUACUGUGUUCUGUCCUGUCAAUACCACUUGUAAACAGUGGCAUCCUUGAACGGCAAGAUGGGAACACGAGGUUGGUCAUUUUAAAGUGGUGUUGCAUUUUAAUCAGUAAUCUACUGAUUUGUUUGUAACCAAAAAAGAGGAAUUUUUAUCAGUGAUUUGUAAGUUUCAUCGGGUGACUUCCUCGAAAAGAUGAGCCAAAGGGUUAGACUGCUGACACAGCCCCUGUCCCCUGACUGACGUGUCCCCUGACUGACAGCGGCAGGCUGUGCCC